UCAGACUGGUCUGAACCCAUUCAGACCCUUUUUUAACAUUCUUUUUGACCGAACCAGAUUUCUACCGGUUCGUGCCCGAAUCGAAUAAUAAGAAAGUGAUAAGCGUUUGCUUAAAGGGCUUCGUAACCGACCAAACUUAAAACCCUAAGGCUAAAAUCAUAAUCCCGACUGAUCUUCUCGCUGUUCACGCAGCCUUGAAAACCUCGCCGUAAACCCCUUAUCGCCAUCGUCGCAGCGCCGCCUUCACCGCAUCUCCUUCAGUCUUAGUUCAUCUCUAAAUCAUCCUCAGUAAACCAAAGUUUUUGUCAAGAGUAAAGAAAGCCCAAAAGAAGAUGGAGGAUUGGGAGGAUGAGCCAGCCCCACUUGUUAUCAAAAAGGAGCCUAAAAGCAUGUGGGAUGAUGAGGAUGCUGAUGAAAAUGAUGUAAAAGAUUCAUGGGAAGAUGAUGAUGAGCCUGCUCCGCCACCAGUGACUGCAGCACCACCUCCUGUAGAGAAGGCCCCAAAGAAGUCCACAGCCAAAGCAACUCAAGAAAAAGGGAAGGCUGCUGUUCAACCACCAAAAGAGGAGCCACCACUAGAUCCUGUAGCAGAAAAGCUCAGACAACAAAGGCUUGUGGAAGAAGCUGAUUACAAGAACACAGCAGAACUUUUUGCCUCUAAGAAGGCUGAUGAUAGGACCAUUGACAAUUUCAUCCCGAAAUCAGAGAGUGACUUUACAGAAUAUGCAGAACUCAUCUCUAGUAAACUCCGCCCAUUCGAGAAAAGCUUUCAUUAUAUUGGAUUGCUGAAGCAUGUGAUGAGACUGUCAAUGACUAGCUUAAAAGCAUCAGAUGCAAAAGAAGUUGCUUCUUCUGUAACUGCCAUUGCAAAUGAAAAACUUAAAGCGGAGAAAGAAGCUGCUGCUGGUAAAAAGAAGACAGGGGGAAAGAAGAAACAGCUGCUGGUGGAUAAGCCGGAUGAUGAUUCAGUUGUAAAUGCUGGAUAUGAUGGAUAUGAUGACUUUGACUUCAUGUGAUGUUUUGAUUGGUUGGUUUCUACAUCGGGAUCAUGUAAUUACAGUUUGAUGAGAGGCAGGCAGGGAAUCCUUUUCCUUUUCCUUUUCCUUUGAGAAAAAUGAGUUGAGCUCUUGCACUUGGAAUGGGGUUAAUUCUCUGGGUGGUGGUUUUGUAUUUUGCUGAAUGAGUGAGUGUUGGUUGCAGUUGCUUAUAAAACAUGGAAAUUGCAUAUACUUGGAUUUUAAAUCUGUUAGCAUAUUUCGUUUGGUGAUAUAAAACACAAAUGAACCUGAUUGUAUUCUACGUUUACUUUUCAACAUUUGACAUUUAUUUGCUCUCA